AGUGUGAGGCGAAGAAAAGGUCAGGGCGAGGGGAGGCACGCCGAAACACACAUCCGCAAAAGAAUCCUGGCGCGCUCCGCGCGCCAGGGCGUGGGGUCCAGCAGUCAAACCGCAUCGUGGACCUCCUGGCUUCGGCUACACGCAAGAGUGGCCCUAGGCACCUAGGCAAAAGUGACCUGUGGUGCGCGGACAAAGGGCGCGCAAGGUAGAACAAUUCAGACGCGCAAUCAGCCGCUAUAGCAUCGCGCUCAGCGAUCGGGGAGACCCCGAUGAGCCCGCAGCAAAGGUCACUCUGCGAAGGGGCACCCUCGCGUGAAAUCGGUGACUGGAGGUGGCCCGCUGGUGGUGGUGGCGUCUGGGCCGAGGCCGGACUGUUUGAAGAAAUAUACCCUGCGGGGGAGACUCCACCUGAUUGAAACAGGCGCCACAAACAGCCAAGAUCUACUCCUGUUGUUGCUGCCGCUGCUCCUUCGAGCCAGCCAGCCAGCCCCGACCGUGCACUCCCUCCCCAGCUGAGACCAGGAUGCACUCGUCAAAGGGGCCGAGGAGGACCCCCCGAGGGGCCCUUCGGGGUCGAGAGUCGUGCAAAGUGCUUUGGGGCCGCCCUGCCGGCCUUUGGGUUCGCAGACUCCAAGGGGUCGGCAGCGCGGCGUAAACCAACCAAUCACAACGUCGGAGGUCUGGGGGUCGGCUGCCGGUGGCCAAAGAUCAUAGCGUCCCAGCGGGCCAAUGAACAGCGAGCCAUGGAUCGGCGCUAAGCGGCAAGUCCACGCGCCUCACGCCCGCCACGAGAGCAUGAACCUGGUGUUCAUGUCCAAGCUGUCCUUCAAUACGGCGGCGCUGGGGAUGUCCCUGCCGUGGAUGCUGAAACGCACGUUUGAGACGGGGCAGAACUUCUUCGAAGAGAUCGUGACCUUCAAGUUCUCUACAGUGUCGGAGAGGUUGAUCACGCACCCGAGCUCCAAUGCAAGGUCUUCCAGCGUCACAUACUUCUGACCCUUGCGGCUGUUGGCUCAUACCGCAGCGCUCGGGGCCAGCCCGCGGGGCCGCCGCGCGGGGGCCGAGGCGGGGGCGGGCGGCCGCGGGCAGGCUGCCUGGGCUUGGGCCGGGCCGGCGGCGGGAGCACAUGCCUCAUACGCAGGGCUCGAACCAGACAGUGCU